UUUACGGUGCGCAGUCGGAGCAUGUUCGUUCAGUCAGAGAGCAAUGAUUUGGAGAAACUCUCCGACUGCCAGGCGUUCCGGGAACAGGUCGCACAGCAGCAUGUGAGAAGAUUACUUCAUCAGCUGUGAUUACGGUUGUCGAAGGAGCAGACGCCUCGGCCAGGGCAGGCGGAGAUGGCAGGAGGCCAGCUGACCGUGCGGCGCUGGACGACGAAGCACGUGGCCCGGUGGCUGAGGGAGGAGGGCUUCAGCGACUACGUGGACCUCCUGUGCAACAGGCACCGGCUGGACGGCACCUCGCUGCUGUCGCUGACCGAGUACGACCUCCGCUCCCCGCCCCUGGAGCUGAAGGUGCUGGGGGACAUAAAGCGUCUGAUGGUCUCCAUCCGCAAGCUGCAGAAGCAGAACAGCGAGGUCCUGGAGGAGCUGGGGUACACGUGCGAGGGCUGGCCCGCGGCCGCCGGGGCGCCCCAACUGCAGGCCGCCGACUGGCUGUGCAACGGGGACCCGGCGCGGGACUGCGACGGCGCCCUCUCCAGCCUGGGCGCAGAGCCCUACCAGCCGUACGCCAACGGGAAGUACAAGCAGCACCCGCGCCGGCUGGACCCCGAGUACUGGAAGACCGUCCUGAGCUGCGUGUACGUCGUCUUUGUGUUCGGGUUCACGUCCUUCGUCAUGGUGAUCGUGCACGAGCGGGUGCCCGACAUGCGCACCUACCCGCCGCUGCCCGACAUUUUCCUGGACAGUGUACCCAGAAUACCUUGGGCCUUUGCCAUGGCUGAAGCCUGCGGUGUGGUUCUGUGCAAUAUUUGGUUGCUGGUGCUGCUUCUUCACAAACACAGGUCGAUUCUCUUGCGUCGGCUGUGCAGUCUCAUGGGAACUGUGUUCAUGCUGCGCUGCGUCACGAUGUUCGUCACCUCCCUCUCUGUGCCUGGACAGCACUUGCAGUGCUCAGGAAAGAUCUAUGGGGACAUUUGGGCGAAACUGCGACGAGCCGUGGCCAUCUGGAGUGGCUUCGGGAUGACACUGACCGGGGUGCACACGUGUGGCGAUUAUAUGUUCAGCGGGCACACAGUCGUUCUGACAAUGCUGAACUUCUUUGUGACGGAAUAUACUCCAAGAACCUGGAAUUUCAUACACACUCUUUCUUGGGUUUUAAACCUGUUUGGCAUCUUCUUCAUCCUGGCUGCCCACGAGCACUACUCGAUCGACGUCUUCAUCGCCUUCUACAUCACCACGAGACUGUUCCUCUACUACCACACGCUGGCGAACACCCGGGCCUACCAGCAGAGCCGCCGGGCCCGCAUCUGGUUCCCCAUGUUCUCCUUCUUCGAGUGCAACGUCAACGGGCCAGUGCCCAACGAGUACUGCUGGCCCUUCUCCAGGCCCACCUUCAUGAGGAGGCUGAUAGGAUAGAGCCCUGGGCCCGGCUCCGGAGCCCCGGAGCAGGUGUGUUUCGCGGGGCCCCAGGUGAGGCACGAGUCUGCCCGCGACACGGCGUUCGCGGAGGAGCUACAGAGUGACCUGGUGAAUUGUUCUAUUUGGGGGAUAGAUGAUUUGCACAAAACAUCCUGUUGAAAUCCUGUUGACACCCUUUCGGCUGUUAUUAGGCGGAGAGGCCUGCGCUCCAGGUGACUGCGGGAGGGCCACCGUCGGCCUGCACCGGAGAAAGAAGCUCGAGACCUGGGCACGGUUUCUCUCUCUUCCCCGUCUGCUUGAAACUCGACUUGCCUCCCCCAUAACACGUCAAAUGUUUUACUGAAGAGCUAUAUUGUUGUUGAGGAAAAAUUCCUUUUUUGUCCCAAAUUGAAGUGAGAAAACGAAACGUGUUUACCGCGGUGUGCAGUUUGGUUAUUGGGGACAUUUUUGAAAAUCGUACGGAAUAUUAGAUAUUGCGUACCUGGGCAACACGUACCGCUGCUGAAAUGGCAGCAAGUUAAACUCGUGUUAAAGAGAAAGGUGGCACCAUUCCUUGAGAUAUAGUGAGUAAAAUGAUUGAAUAAGUUGGGUUAUACUAAAAGGGUGGCGGUGUUGACAUUGAAGAAGUUAUUAAUCAUUGUGUCCGCAGUGCACAGCUUUGGUUUGAGUAUUGAAAUGCUCUCUCUUAUGUGGACCUGUUGCAGCUCACUUACCCUGCAUCCUGUCAGGCGAUGACUGGUAUCAGAGGAGGCUUCGUUUAAAAACCUCUCCAAAGACUGGAACAGAAAUCAUCACUUUAGACAUUAUUCCAUUUGUCAUUGUGGUAUUCAUAGAAAUAUUUUCUUGAUGCUAACAAACCAAACUUUUAUUUAACCAAUUUGGACUUUGCACAGUUCUGUUAUACCCACUGUUUUUUCAUCACAGAUGUUCGAACUUGAACAAGGUGAGCUGUGAUCAAAAUUGAUGGCUCUGAGCUCCCUAUACGUUUGAGCCCUGAUAAGGCAUUAAGAAUGUAAACGUAUGUAGUUCUGCUAAAUUAAAUUGGCUGUGAAGAAGCUUAUGGAAUUAUCCGAAAAGUCAGAAUUUUUUGACGUCACUUGAAAGAAACCUACAAGUAAAGCUGUGCACUUCAGAUUAGAUGACUUUAUCUGCCUUUCCAGGAUUUUCAUUAUUUUCUAAAAAGCUAUUCAUGUCUGUGUCUUAAUUUAUAGAGUAUUUUUAAAAAUAUAUAUUUUUAUUUAAAUUUUGUAAAUCACUGAAAUUUUGCUUAAAAAUGCAAAAACGGUAUAACACUCAGAGUAAUUCCUGGAAGUGAUAAUGGUUUACGGUGAUGCACUAAAUGAGAUGGAAUACUUUUGUCUUGAGGGAUAAACUUUUGGGAGUGUGCUUCCUGCAGUGCACAGUGGUUAGACACAUGCAAAAAACACUCCUCUAGCAGAGGUAAAGAUUUAGCUGUGGCUCUUUUUGAUCUUAAUUCAAUAAAAUCUGAUUUUUUUUAUGCAGGUGGGUAGUAGGCAUCUGUCCCUCAUUGACCUGCAUAUGUGUCUGCAUAUAGACACCUGUACUGCAAAUGUUUUAUAAAUACAGAAUACAGCAAAACCAUAAAAGUGCAUUGCAUUUAAACUGUCAGAUUUAAUAUUUCUGCUUAAUUUGUAUCCAGUACAUAUUUUACAACCUUUAUUACUGGGUGAUGGAAUUGAUAUUCAGCUCUGCAUUGUCACACAAUGGACAAGGGGAUGUUACAGUUCUAUGGUGCUCAUGCUGAAAUGAACUGAGGAAGGUUUUAUCAUGUAACAGUUGAAAAUCUGUGUACGAAUGUCGUUUUUGUUGCAUAUUCUCAAACGGAAACCCCAAGAUGGAAUUGUCAUGAGGGCUGGUGAUUAUCGCCUCUCUGCAUCGGAGUGACACCACAGUGAAAAGCAUGAGAAUGGCUAACUCGAACCUGGCAAUGAUGUGAGCACACUGUAGCUUCUGUAAUGGAACAGCUCUUAUAUUUGGUUACAUUACAUUUGAUCUGUCUUUGAGACUUUCUGUAUGCGUCAUCUUUGUCUAUUUCAUUGCAGAAUUUUGGAUUUCCUUGCUUUGAAAGAUUCCCAGUUACAGACAUCCCCUGUCCCACAGUUAUAAAAAAGGUUCAUUUUAACUUAAGUGACAGCUACAUACAGUAUGUGCAUCUGUUCUUUCAUAGCUUUCAUGGCUUUGUUUCUAGCUCCUAAAAAGAAAUGUUUUUUUCCCCCAGUUUCCUUCAUUGCAUGGAUUUAAUUUCCACUUUUCUGUAAAGCAACCUAUAGCAAAACAUCAAGUCCUGUCCAUGUUUAAAGGUUUUCUUUAAACGUUUGUGUGAAUUAUUGCUUUAUAAACUUACAUUGAACGGUCGAUAAUCAAAACCUUCCAAGUUUCCCAGAUGUCCUCUUUUUACGUACCUACAUUACAAAUGCUGCAAGGUUAGGUAUAAUGCAGUCCUUUUUUAUCACACCUGAGCCUCUGUUUUUUUUAAGCUGGAGUUACUGUAAGUACGACACACUCUUAUACCAUAAGCCUUUUCUUAUGCAAAUAUGCAAAACACUUUACUGCUUAGCAUCCUUUCUCUAGCUGAUUGAUUUUAUUUUCUAUUAAAAACUUAAAAAGUUCAUUUAUUUUGACAGCACUUGGAUGGGAGUUAUUGCACUAGCGCUGUGCUCCUUGUGAAGCACGUGAUUAUAUUAAGCAGUUCCUCACUGCGCUGCCCUCAGAGUAGAUAGUUUGUGAGGUGCAGUGCUUGUGUAGAGUGCUUCCAAAUGACCAGGCAGCUGCUCACCAGGUUGCUUGAUGACUUUAGUGCACUAUAGUCUUUUUGUACCCAGGUUGCCCAGCUGUGAAUAACUUCAGAUUGAUUCACUUGUUUAACAUCAAAAUGCACAUCACGUGCUCUAGUUGCCAUUAAAGAUAUUGGGGUGUGAUUCUCAUUCUCUAAACUCUGGUGUCAUGCAUUUAAGAGAAAGGGCCUCCAGUGGUACUGUAAGUAAUGUUUUAAUAAAGAGCACUAGCUAAGCUAUGGUAGAACUACAUUGAAAUAACUACAUAAUGCAAAGUUCUUUUCCGUUUUGAAGUAUUAACUAAUUUUGUGUAAUUGACUCAACUGCACUUUGGGGAGAUGAUUUUGUUUCAAUGUUUACAGUUUUUUUUUUCUGUGCAGUAUUCAGUAGACCUGUAGACAUAGGGAAAUUAGCAAGUGCUGACUGCUACAGUGUUCCCCUUGUUAGUACAUGUAGGAAUGAAAAUGUUUUUGAGCAAUACAACUCGACACUACUUUUGGUUUUUCUUGCAUAUUUUAUAGUGUCUUUUUGUCAAAACACAUGAACAGAACAAAACCAGAAAAAUGAGUACAUCAUCUGUUGGUUGCCUUGGUAGUGUACGUAUUUUUACUCGGUUCUGUUUUUGUUUUCAAUACCAAUAACAUUACAUUGCCUGCAAUUUAACAUCUUUUCAGUGUCUUGUGUAUAUUUGACAUUAUCUUCAAUAGACAAAGCAGAUGAAAUUUGUGUCUUUUAAAGGUGCAGCUCUUUGAAGUACAGAUAGCAUAACUCAAGGUUAUACUGCAUUAUCAAAGGGUACUAAACCAUUUAAUACCUACAUGUUGUUGCUUUACAACUCUGUGAUAAGGCUGCUGCAAUAAAUAAAAAACCUUUUUUCAAAUA